AUGGCGUUGUUGUAUCAGGUCAGCAACGUUUCAAGAAAUGCAAGCGAAGAGUUCGCCGAAUCAAAUGUUACGGAUAGCUUGGAGAAGUCUUCCAGGACACUGUUAAUCGUGAAAAUCACAUGCUACUCCGCAAUCUGCAUCACUGGGACCAUUGGCAACUUGAUGUUGAUAUUUUCAUUAGCUCUAGAGCGGCAACGCAAAACCAGUCAGUACUUCAUCCUUAAUCUUGCAACAGUGGACCUUUUGACUUGUGUGCUGAGUAUACCGUUUGACAUUGUUCUGGUCGCGCUGGGAGGCUGGCCUUUUGGAUCUGUAUUGUGCAGAAUUAUUUACCCUUUGCAGACUAUUUUCAUGGCUGUUUCGGUGUCAACGUUGUUAUGUAUGGCCUUGGAAAGACAUCGGGCAAUUAUCCACCCUCUUAAAUAUAAAAUACCUGGAAGGGUGAUAAUAUUGGUCAUAACACUAAUCUGGGUGUUAAGUGCGGCGUUGGUUUCUCCGUAUGUAUUGGCGCUGAAGAUGAAAAAUGACAACUGCGUAGAGAAUUGGCCCAACAAUGAUCCAAUAUACCCUAAAAUGUUUACAUUAGGCGUGUUUCUUUUACUCUACUUGGGACCCCUGUGUGUGAUAUCAGUGACCUACACGCGUAUUGGAGUGCACCUUCGAGCCGACAGCCGCAAAGCGAAUUUUCUUGUAGCCAGUAAAAAAGCCUCGGUAAAGAAACAUGCAAGGCGGAAUAUACGAGUCGUCAAAGUGUUCGUAUUUGCUGUUAUAGCUUUCGCAGUUUGCCUUCUGCCUUUUCACGUAAUGUGGAUCUGGAGUGAAUUCGGGAACGGGCAAACAUGGCCACAUUUCUCCACGGUUCUGACGUUCGCCUACGUAAUUUUUUACGCCAACAGCGCGGUGGAUCCUUACAUAUUUGGCGCCUUAGGACGAAGGUACAAUAGUUGCAGAUGCUUUUAUCAGAGAUUUGGCAAAUCAGGUCUCACUAUUGUUUUCUCUGAUAAGGAACGUAGGAGAAAAAUGGCGCGAAAUUGGAAAAGGGAGAAGUUAGCCACUCCUUGCGUAAAUGGUGGAAGGGUUAAAGAUUGUUACAAUGGAAAAGAGAGACUCCCAUUUAAUAAUAACUUCUUCGAUUUGGUAUAUGAAUCGACGAUUUAAUCCCGUUCAUGAGCAAAAAAGUGAUACUGACAAUACGAAUAUCAUUUGAUCGCUUCAGUGAAUCAGUCUAGUGAAGGCAGGAGCACCUGGUGAAGGUUAAAGACUCCGGUACGAAAGAAAUAAGGAAAAAAUUGUUAAACAUUCUGCGAUGAUAUUGGAAGGGAAUUCCUUCAACUGAUUCUUUUCUUACACCUGCACGGAACAAAAUAAUCGCUGAAUUACUAGUCAAAUUUCAGUGUAAACUUUCAGGACCGAACCUGAAUCCUGAGCAUUGAGCUUAUUAUUUUGGCAUUUGGUGGCUAGCAUUAGACGCAUUAGCGUCUAGGACCUAUAGAUUAGACUGAGUACAAGUACGAGUUUUAAAACCAGAUUAGUGUGUUUCAUAUCAUAGUUACCCCAUGAAUCUUAUCUCUAACGUCAGUUAUUUUAUGUGCUAUAAGGCAGCAACAAGAUGUAAAAGGAAGGAGUUGUAGUCGUACUCGUAUUCGUUUUCGCACUCGAAGUCAAAUUUAAAGGUCGCAAUUGUUCUUAACCUAUAAGAUGACAAUAUACCCUGAAUAUCAGUAGUCCUAGAAUUGAAAUCUUCCCUAAGGAGAACUGAUCCAAAAGAAUAGAACUUUUCAUUAUCAUUUUCAAGUUCUUUAAAGAUUUAAGGAGAAAGGUGAAAGGAAUUGUGUGGUGGAUAGCGUGAGAGCAAGCUCUCCGGGGCGCUCUGGCGGCGGAGAGGGAGCAGAGAUGAGAGGUUGCAACUACAUCUCUGGAAUUUGAGUAUCUGCUUCGAAAAAUUGGAUGCGAAAUGCUGAUUGGCGGAGAUGACAUUAGUAAUGAUGUCAUUACCCUUGGCACGUGUUUUCCAAUGUUUGUUUACAUUCGCGCUCGUUUCUGCUUCGCGCUGAUUGGCGGAAAUCUGGCAGUUCAGUUGACGAGGAGCCCAGGGGAAUUGGAGGUCAAGGGAAUUCAAAUUCCAGAGACGUAGUUGCAAGUUCUCCUUCCUUUUCCCGCCCCGCCUCCAGAGCGCCCCGGAAAGCUUGCUCGCAGGCUAUGUGGUGGAAUAUAAGCGCCACAUACUUUUUGGUCACUCCCAGUGAUAUGUCUUAAACUCUGAAAAUUCGUUGAUUCUUCUCCACUAAACUCCAAUCACCAAAUUCCGAAUUAGAAAGCAAGGCUGGGCCACCCGAGCUACGGCCACAUUUUGCCGUUUUUCCCAGCACGUGUAUUCAAAUCCUUGAAGCCUUCAACAUUAAUAUUUAUGUUUCAUUAAUGUUCAAUGAUGUUUAUUAUGUUUUCAAAUACUAGAUUGACUUGAUCCUGGCGUAUGGGUAUCUAAAACUCGACUCGAGUGACUCAAAUGGUUGA